CAGCGGCCGGAGGAGCAGGGGGCGGCCAUGGGGCUGCUGUCCCAGGGCUCGCCGCUGAGCUGGGAAGAAACCAAACGCCACGCAGACCACGUGCGGCGGCACGGGAUCCUCCAGUUCCUGCACAUCUACCACGCCGUUAAGGACCGGCACAAGGACGUGCUCAAAUGGGGCGACGAGGUGGAAUACAUGUUAGUAUCUUUUGAUCAUGAAAAGAAAAAAGUCCAGUUGGUCCUGUCUGGAGAGGAAGUUCUUGAAACUCUACAAGAAAAAGGCGAAAGGGCAAACCCAAACCAUCCUACUCUUUGGAGACCAGAGUAUGGGAGUUACAUGAUCGAGGGGACACCCGGACAGCCUUAUGGAGGAACCAUGUCUGAGUUCAACACAGUUGAAGAUAACAUGAGAAAACGUCGGAAAGAGGCUACCUCUCUAUUAAAGGAAAAUCAGGCUCUUUGCACUAUAACUUCCUUUCCCAGAUUAGGCUGUGCUGGAUUCACAGUGCCUGAAUAUAAACCCAACCCAGUCGAAGGAGGAGCUUCCAAGUCCCUCUUCUUUCCAGAUGAAGCAAUUAACAAGCACCCCCGCUUCAGUACCUUAACGAGAAAUAUUCGACAUAGGAGAGGAGAGAAGGUUGUCAUCAAUGUCCCAAUAUUUAAAGACAAGAACACGCCGUCUCCAUUCAUUGAGACAUUUCCUGAGGAUGAGGAAGCAGCACGGGCUUCUAAACCUGAUCAUAUUUAUAUGGAUGCCAUGGGAUUUGGGAUGGGCAAUUGCUGUCUUCAGGUGACAUUCCAGGCCUGCAGCAUAUCUGAGGCCAGAUACCUUUAUGAUCAGUUGGCCACAAUCUGUCCAAUUGUCAUGGCCUUGAGUGCUGCGUCUCCUUUUUACCGAGGCUACGUGUCAGACAUUGACUGUCGAUGGGGAGUGAUUUCUGCAUCUGUUGAUGAUCGAACUCGAGAGGAAAGAGGAUUGGAGCCGCUGAAGAAUAACAGCUAUAGGAUCAGUAAAUCCCGGUAUGACUCAAUCGACAGCUACUUGUCUGAGUGUGGGGAGAAGUACAAUGAUAUCAACUUGACGAUAGAUAAGGAAAUCUAUGAACAGCUCUUGCAGGAAGGCAUUGACCAUCUCCUGGCCCAGCAUGUUGCUCACCUUUUUAUUAGGGACCCACUGACUCUAUUUGAGGAGAAAAUAAACCUGGAUGAUGCCAAUGAGUCUGAUCAUUUUGAGAAUAUUCAGUCCACAAAUUGGCAGACAAUGAGAUUUAAGCCCCCUCCUCCUAACUCAGAUAUUGGAUGGAGAGUAGAAUUUCGACCCAUGGAGGUUCAACUAACAGACUUUGAGAAUUCUGCAUAUGUGGUGUUUGUGGUGCUGCUUACCAGAGUAAUCCUUUCAUACAAAUUGGAUUUUCUCAUUCCUUUGUCCAAGGUGGAUGAAAACAUGAAAGAAGCACAGAAACGAGAUGCUGUCUUGCAGGGAAAGUUUUAUUUCAAGAAAGAUAUUUGCAAAGGGGGCAACGCUGUGGUGGAUGGAUGUGGCAAGGCCCAGAACAGCCCUGAGCUCCCCCAGGAGGAAUACACUUUAAUGAACAUAGAUACCAUCAUCAACGGAAAGGAAGGUGUGUUUCCUGGGCUGAUCCCAAUUCUGAACUCUUACCUUGAAAAUAUGGAAGUGGACGUAGACACCAGAUGUAGUAUUCUCAACUACCUGAAGCUAAUUAAGAAGAGAGCAUCUGGAGAGCUAAUGACAGUUGCCAGAUGGAUGAGGGAGUUUAUUGCCAACCAUCCUGACUACAAGCAAGAUAGUGUCAUAACUGAUGAAAUGAACUAUAGCCUUAUUGUGAAGUGUAACCAAAUUGCAAAUGAAUUAUGUGAAUGCCCAGAAUUGCUUGGAUCAUCAUUCAGGAAAGUAAAGUACAGUGGAAAUAAAACUGACUCUUCCAACUAGACAUUCUAGAUGGGGGAAAACUGGUUUUUUCGAACUAACUGCAAUACCUUGACCUUCAGCCCUUCACCCUUUGGCGUGGUAUGGAGACCAAAUAAUAGAACUGUACUCUUUGGUACAGAAACUGAUUUAGAAGCUUCCUUCAGUAGACAGAUCUAGAGUUUAUACAGUGUACAUGUACAUAGUAAAGUAUUUUUAUGAUUAACAAUGUAUUUUAAUAACAUUGUAUCUAAAGGUAUUGUGAACUAGCUUGUACAUUUUUAAAAUCUUACUCUGGAGAAACUACUGUGUAAGCAGUUUUGUAAAUGUAAUGUUCUGGUCAUUGUACUAUACUUGCAUUCCAGAGCUUAAAAUGUUUACUGUAAAUUUUUGUUCUUCAGAAGACCUACCUGGGACCUGAUUCACAGAACGUUGCCACUUCACUUUAAAAUAGUUUCUUGUUCAUUUUCUUUUAGUCAUCCCCUUUGUUAUGUACAUAAAAUCAUUAGAAUCUAUUAGAGUACUUCAAGGAUGAUCUUGGAUUUCUAGCACCUUAUCUAUGUUGUUCCUUCUCCAGUGGGAAUAGCUGGUCACAUGGUCUGUGUGCAACAAGCUUUCACCACAAAAUAAGCCCUAGUGAACU